AUGGAAAACACCAUCAAAUAUAGGUACAAGAAUUUUAGGACUUGGAGUUGCUAUGGUCCCUGGUGAAAUCGGUACAAAAAGGGGGUGUGAUAUAACUCUGAUAGGUCAGAUGCUUUGUGGAAAUGAUGGCCUAUGUGCAUAGCAGCUUAGUUUUGUUCCUACUUUUACGUUACUAUUUUUGUCUCAAGUGAUAAAUGAAGUAUGCUGCUGCACGAGGGGGAUUGAACAUAGCUUCACUGACUUUCUUAAGAUUGAAGACUCUUCGACAAAAAGAGCACUAGUUUCACGAGAGAGAUCCUAUUUCCGAGCUUUUGCACCCAAAAAAAGAGAGAACCUUCAGCUUCACAGCAAAGGAGUCAUCAAUUCAUGAUAUUUCUCUUCCCAAUUCUUGAAAAUUAUCUUUCUUAAAGGAGUGUAAAUUAUCAGUGUGGUUGUCGGUACAGCUUUACCUGCCAGAUGGGAGUAUAUCACAGAGCCAAAAAAUAAAGACAAAUAGCAGCAGUUCCCAGGUGCGGCGUUCGGCGGAAAAAUAAUGGUAUUAAAGCCUCAAAAAUCAAACUUGCCAAAUAAAAAACUUUACAGAUCAAACAAAAGAAAUUCAAGAAGCCAUAGUCUAAAUAAUUACAAGUUGGUCCAACCCAUUUGAAAAAACUAUCCUCUUAUUGCAUUAACCAUUAAUAAAUGUUCCCUCAGAACCCUGCAGUUAGACCCUCCAUGUCCCCCGCUCCCACCCCUUAUAAGGACCCUCUCUUUGUACCCUUUAGACCCCCAAUACCCCACUUCCAUACCCAACCCCAUAACCCCCCAUAAGUUUCUCAGUUUGCACCAUUUCCCAGUGUGCUCGUGUGCCUAAAAUUUUAUAUUUCUCUGUGUCUAACAUAACAUACAGACACACACCCUCUCUCUCUCUCUCAUUCUCUUUCUUUCUUUCAUUUUCUCUCUCUGUUUUCUACCAUGGCAUCUGGGACUGGGGCUGGAACUGGCUCGCCUUGCGGGGCAUGCAAGUUUCUUAGGCGAAAGUGCGCUUCAGAUUGUAUCUUUGCGCCUUAUUUUUGCUCGGAGCAAGGCCCUGCAAGAUUUGCGGCCAUUCACAAGGUGUUUGGUGCUAGCAAUGUAUCCAAACUUUUGCUGCACGUCCCGGUUCAUGAUCGGUGUGAGGCUGUUGUCACAAUUGCCUAUGAAGCUCAAGCACGGAUUAGAGACCCCGUUUAUGGAUGUGUAGCCCACAUUUUCGCCUUGCAACAACAGGUGGCGUGCUUGCAAGCACAAUUGAUGCAAGUGAAGGCUCAGCUGGCUCAAAGCGUGAUCGAUCCGAGGAGAAUCGAGAAUCAGUGUCCAGGGAAUGGGGUGCCAGUGGUUCCAAAUUAUCCAAUUUACAUGAAUCACAUUUCCCCUCAGAGCUCACUGGAGUCAAUUGACCACAGCAAUGAUGGGAUGAACAUGCAAGAAAUACAAAGCAGAGAGGAUUGCUCAUUCCAACCUUAUUCUAAGAAAAGACCAUAUAACAAUCAUGACUUGGGUGAGCUUCAGGAACUAGCCCUCAGAAUGAUGAGGAACUAAUUCCAUCAUUUCUCUUUGAAGCAAUAUGAUCAUGUUGAUGUUGAUAAUGAGGAUGGGGAUGGUCUGUGUCCAAAUGCUGUAUAUACUGAGACUAUCUAAGAAACUUGGAAUGAGUGGUGGCCUAAAAUAGGCAUAUCCUCUUUCCUUGUUCUUUUUGUCUUCCAAUCAACAGAAUUGAUUUCAACCA